CGGCAUCAGCAGCUAGUUUCGCACGGACAAUGGCGUUCUUCCGUCGAAUUCUCGCUCGCCCACUGGCAGCCGUGCCACGAAUCACCACACAACAACGACAACAACAACAACAACAGAAUCUAUCCGAUGGACUGAGUCGAUCAGGGUGGCGGUCCACAUUUGGUACAGUUUUCAUUGUGUCACGACCAUGCACAACAGAAUCAACCAAACUUCCCCCACAACCUAAGAAGCGCGAAUCGCCAGUAACCUGGAGGACCGUGGGCAUCGGCUUGGGUCUAGGUGGCGCGCUUUUGACAUUUAUGCUAUACGUUAAAAACGAGAAAAAGCAAAAUAUCGAAAAAGAGCGCAAACGUGUAUUGGGCAAGGCUAAGAUAGGCGGUGUUUUUGAACUCGUCGACUACAAUGGGCUGCCACGCAAAUCUGCAGACUUUCACGGCAAGUGGGUUCUGCUCUAUUUUGGUUUCACCCAUUGCCCAGAUAUCUGUCCCGAUGAACUCGAGAAGAUGGCAAAAAUUGUCGACAUCAUUGAGAAGGAAUACCCGCAUAUUGAGUUACAGCCGUUGUUUAUUACCGUUGACCCAGAGCGAGAUACAAAGGAAGCGAUUAAAUCUUAUUUAGCAGAAUUCUCGCCAAAAAUUCUCGGUUUGACUGGUACGGUUGAGCAGUUAGCACGUGCAACGAAGGCAUUUCGGGUGUACUUCAGCGUCGGCCCUCGAGAUCAAGAAGAUGAUUAUAUCGUUGAUCACACGGUUAUCAUGUAUUUAAUUGGACCAGAGGGAGAUUUCAUUGACUACUACGGACAAAAUCGAACAGCAAAACAAAUUGUUGACGCUAUCGUCAUGCAGAAGCUGAAGUUCGAUAACCAAAAAAAGGGUGGCAUAUUUGGAAUUUUCUAGGAAUCAAUGCUUAUGUGCGAAAACUGGCGCAUCUGAAGGUAAAGCGAGAGAUAAGAGGUUUCGUUCGAAUUUAGGAACACGCCUGUAUUCCGCCGGUUUGUCGGUCUCUGAGGAUCAAAACUACUUGAGCGGAGGAGCUGAUCAUAUUACGAGGAUAACAAAGACAAGUAAAAAAUGGCUCACAGAUGAGCUGAUGGUUCAACGGCCAAUUUAUGUUAUGGCAAGUGAGCUAUUAAAUGUUGCUGUAAUCCUGCCAAUACUCUGUGCAUUUAACAGAAAGGUUAGCUCGCGCGUAUAGAUUAUGCGCUUGGCGGGUUACGCUUGUAUUGUCGUAUCUGUUGACCAUGUGGAGUUUUGCUCUCACAGACCGAUCCAUCGACCUUCAGAUCAACCAGUGCGCAAUAGAAUAGAGCAUGCAUUUGUGUAUCCAUUUUACUUUGAAAAAAACUUCAGGGGCGCCGGCGAAGAAAAGGCGCCAGCCGAGUGCUAACGAGCCCUCAUUAAAAUAUAAGAGUGUGUGGUCGAAAUCCGUUCGGUACCGCACACAGGUGCGUUGCUAAUAGUAGUUGCUGUAAAUUACAUAGUUUAUUAAUAAAUAGAUAAUAAAACAAAUUUUAGGUAUGUAUACGCAUAUAUAUAUAUACGAGUAUAUGGUUAUCUUACAUGCAUUAGUGCAUAGGUGGUAUAAGAAGUCUUACACGCCUUCUUUCGUUCCUUUUAACCAUAAACACAUUUAAGCUGAUCUGCAACAAAAGUCAUCAAAAGCCUAGAAGGCGUUUAUUUGAUUUUCAAGGGAUUGUCAGAAGGACAAAUUGCUUGUGGCUGACUUACAAAGAAAUAUGUGAUGUAUCACUCAUGUUUGAAAGUAAAAAAAAAAUCCUAGUCCAAAGGUAUCACUAUGUAAGUGUUCUAUGUUGAAAU